CUCCUCGGGAGUCAGGGGGGCAGUGGAAAGGAGGGGACCCAUCACCCCCAGCAGCUGGCAGGGGGAUUCUGGAACCACGGGCAUGUCAGGAUUCGGAGUACCAGGGGCAGUGUGCCCAGUGGGCCUGGGGUCCAGGAAGGGAUUCUGAGCACCAGGGGCAGAGGCGAUCAGACAACCUCAGGGAGGUGUUGGGGUGUCCCCGUCCCCCAAAGGGCCCUGGGCCCAGCCCCGAGGGGGCAGCAAGAAGAGGAGCUUCCCCAUCCUCAGUCACUCCGCUCCUGCCCACUUUCCCAUCCACCCCUCGGUAUAAAUCAUGUUUAUAAGUUAUGGAAGAACCGGGACAUUUUACAAAAAAAAAAAAAAAACUACAAAAAAUAUACAUGGAAAAAAAAAAAGAGGGGUUGGAGAGAAAAUAACGAAGGAAGGGGAACCUGGACAGAAAACUCAAUUGUCAACUUUUCCAGCAUUUUGGCCUCAGAAAGUAAUCUCUCUAAUUGUUGGAUCUGUCCUCCCCGCCCACAAGAGGGGGUUUCUCAGCUCCAGUUUGUGCCUGUAGACAAGGACAUUAAUCUCACCCUGACUUCUGAACCUGUUAGGAGCACGCCACUUCUAACAGUGGAACUCGAAGAUCAUGACAAUAUGGGGUGUGUAGAGCUUACCAACCCUUGGAAGCAAACCGGCCUCUGGAUCAAGCAGCCCCUUCUCUGCACAGGGUGAGGAAAACCCUGUCACCCCUGUCAGACAGAUACCUGCCUUAGUGAUGUGGGAAGCUUGCCCUCUAUUUAUCCUAUGUCAUUUUCCACUUCAAGCUCCUCAUGCACUCCUAGCCAGACUCAUUGCUGUGUGGACCCAUCUCUGCUCUCCCCAGGCACCCAAGCCAACACCUCUUGUACACACUGGAAGGGAAGAGCAACCACUUCCUGGAGGCUCACCUAUCAGACCCCAUCUGCCUUCGGUGACAAGGAGGGAAUAGAGGAAAACUCAGAACUAGACAGAGGACCACUAGAUGGAGGGCCGCCAUCUCCCAGAUGCAAUAAUGCACCUAGCUGGGGUUUCCUUUUAUGUCGAUGGUUUAAUUCCACUUCACCCCGCCAAGCUUGCACCCCCGCAGGAUAUCUGUUCCUCUGUGGUCCACUGCAAAAUAAACUACCCUUUGAAGGGAACCCAAAUUCCUUCUUCUCCUGGCCUCUCUGAGCAAUGGCCUAUCCAUGCUUAGACAAUGCUCACUUCCGGGGAGAAUGCACUUUGGGAUGAUUGGGCCCUAAAGGACUAGGCGCCACCAUAUAUAAUGCCACCUCUCAAAACAGACAUAAUUGGGCACUCGGACUAAUCCUGGCAGGAAUUGGGGCAGCCAUAGAACUUGCCACCCUUUGGGUGGGGUUUGCCUAUCACACAACAACCUUAGGAAACCUCUCACAGACCACAGAAAACCUGGCCUCAAAAACUGGUGAUGGGGAAAAAAAAAAAAAGCAACUGGUGAUGGGAAUCUGUCAGUCCAGCGGUUAGGACUCCACACUUACACUGCCAGGGGCACGGGUUUAAUCCCUGGUCGAGGAACUAAGAUCCCACAAGCCUUGCUUGGCAUGGCCAAAAAAGAAAAAACAACAACAACAAACUGGUGAUGCCUUUAAGGGGCCUUCAGGAGUCCCCAGAUUCCUUUGCUGAUGUUGUGUUUCACAGUAGGUUAACUGUGGAUUAUCUUCUGGCCGAACAAGGGGGUGUCUAUACAAUAAUUAACAAAACUUGCAGUACAUACAUCAACAGCUUGAGGGAAGUUGAACUAAAUACUCAGGAAAUUUAUGAACAAGCUAAAUGGUUACAUGGGUUCAGCUGCCCCACUGCCCAAACUAUAUGGGACUCAAAGGUUAUAUCCCCAGUGUUACUUGGUUCCUGCCUCUCCUGUGCCCUCUAGUGGCAGCAGUUCUUUUGUUAUUAUUCAGACCCUGCCUGUUAAAUCUUUUAGUUAGAUUUGUGUCUUCCAGGCUUCAACAAUUCCAAGUGGGGCUCAUGGUGGUCCAAGGAUUUCAACCCGUUCCAUCAGAAAGUGACCCAGGUCCCUAUAGGUCCUUGGAACAGUCAACAAGGGACUUAUACACCUCUAGGGUAGGCUAGAAUCUGUGGCCCCUGUUCAGCAGGAAGUAGCUCCAGAAGAAGAGACCUUCGGCCCCUUGACCCUUAAGAAUAAUGGGUGUAGACUCUCUCAAGAGAGAAUGAGAUCCCUGGGAUGUAGGGUCAUCUACCAAGACACCUGCACCUAGACAGCACCUCCUUGAACAACAGGAAGCUGGCAACCAUAAACGCACCAAGGGGUGAAGCUUCCUUAAGCAACAGGAUGCUGAAGGCCGUAAAUCAACCACAAGUGAUUAAACCUCACACCUGUGCAGUAGGGGCGAUGUUGACCACUCCACAACCUUCCUGGUGGCAGUAAUGAGCAAGUCUGCCAUUUUGAGUUGCCAGCGCAGAAGCAGAAAACUGUGCAUGAUCCUUACUUACUGCACCGCCAAGGAGGAUGGACAAACCACCUAAGCCAUGCCCCCUGCCUGGCCUGCAGAUCCAUCUCCUCUGUCACCCCAUCUGAGGAUCCAGGGAGCUCUUUGUGAAGGAGCAGGCAAGGACACCUGGUUCUUGCUUUCACUCCCUUGUGCUGCAGCACGA